UCCACGCGGUGCGGGUUAGUCAUUCAAAAACCUCCGCCUGUAGUACAUUAUUGAAACUGUAAACAAUCGACAAUGUGAGGUUAUCCGUUUCCUCACCGUUUUCUCUUGCUUUACUCUGUCGAUUCCCUCGCAAAUUUUUCGGAAAAUUCUCCAGCCGCGAGUUUUCUCGUUUUUCCUCGCAUAUUUCGUUUGUUUUAUUUUUGAACAUUUUUACGCUCCUGUGUGAUAUCCCGAAGUUAAUAUUCCUAGAUACAUUUGCAAUAUUUGUUAGUUUUUAUUUUUUACGCAAAGAAAUCUUUUAUUAGAUGAAUUAAAAAUUAUCAUAUUUUAUUGAAGUGCUCCGUUUCUACGUUUUCCUGCUUUCUUGUGUGCAUUACUACUGGAAAUUUAUUUUAUUUAUACAAAAAUUGUGUGUUCCUGUGAUUGUUUCGGUUUUUUGGAGAAGUUUAAUCACUUGUUGUACAAAGAUUUCUAUUUAUCGGAUACGAUUGUGCGCUGUUUGAUGGAGGUGAUCUAAUUAUUCUUGUGUGAUGAUGCGGUUUUCAGUGCCUCUACGAAAACGGCACUCUUUUCUUGAACGUGUUCUCAGGCGAUGAUAACAGAUCGGUGUGGUCGCCCACCAUGUCAGCGUGUGAUGGUUGACGUUGCGCAGCAAUGCCCUCUCCCAGCAGCGGCGUCGCGACGUCAGUAGACAGCCCGCCGUCCAGCAAGAGACGGAAGAAACGCGAGGGGGGAGAAGGGAUCAUGAGUCCUGAAGACGAAACGACGGCCUCGCCCCCGGCUGGCCUCAUCGCUGGAAGAGAAGAGGAAGAACGAAGAGUCUCUUCACCACCGUCCGGUAGUAAGUUCCUUGAUGACCAAAAAACUGAUACUAGCAUAGAAGACAGCUCGACGGCGGUGACGGCGACGGCCACCAUGAUUCAACGCGGUGCCUACGACGACGCCACCUCGACGGACGACGAGAAGGACAAGGCCUCGUUUGCCUCCCGUAAGUGUCCGACGAAGGAGUCCUUCGCCGACGAUUCGUGGGGCACCAGCGACGUUGAGAAAUUUGACGGCAAGAUAGUCUACAACCCGGACGGUUCAGCCUACAUCAUCGAGGACAGCGAACUCAGUGAAGAUGACGCCGAGCUACCCCAGAUCAUCGGGGACGGUUGCAUCGUCGACGGACCCGGUGUAAAUCUCUCUCAGGUGCAAGCUUUGCCGCAGAUAGCCAAUGCGUUCUAUGUGUCUAGGAAUCCAGCUCUGUACACGGCACUCUACGGAGGCUAUGCGAACAAGCUAGUGCACGACAAAAAGAUAGUUCCUGAAGCGCCGAUAAUGCACAGUUAUCGGGUGUACACAGUUCGAGACAACCGGGGCGGCGAUUGCAACGAGAAGCUCGAAGAAAAGAAGCAGAACGACUGUUCUUCUGUUCCUGUUAAACCUAUUCUAAUGUGUUUUAUUUGUAAGCUGUCUUUUGGGUACGCCAAGUCUUUCGUAGCCCACGCUAUGGGCGACCAUAACGUUGUGCUGAGGGAUGACGAGAAGGAUAUUCUCGGUCACAAGAAUGCGUCGGCCAUCAUUCAGUGUGUAGGAAAAGAAAAAGAACCUCUAGUCUCAUUUCUGGAACCUUUGUCACCCGUCAUAGGAACGGCGACUUCGACUUCGACGUCAACGACUACGACGGAUGGGAAAUCGAGCCAGCUAUUACGUAGGUCAUCUUCUCCUGGUUACAGUGAAGCAGAAUCUCAAAAUGUUCCUAAAGACCCGGUGCCGAGCGCGGUGGACGGUUCCUCGGAGUUUGAUGAUGAAAAAGUGUGCGCGGAAAGUUUAGUGGUGCAUCAACGUGAUUCAUCGCCAAAACCUGUCCAUACUCAUAAUGUUCCUGAGACGUUAGUCUCCCUACCUCAAAACGGUAGUUGUGUUAAUAUGAUUAAAGAUAAUAUUUCAAGUAGCAGUAGUUCAAGUAGUAAUAGGAACAAUAUCAUUACAAGUGUUAGUAGUCUGAGCGGUAGAGAAUCUAGCGGACUCAAUUGCGUGAUGGACUUAACGCGGAAGAGUCCAAUUUCGGCGUCUGCCGCACAGACCGGAAAUGCCGGUGGCAGGGGAAGCAGCUCGCCGGGCGCAAGUCCUUCACCGGGUACAACUCUUAGUCCAUUACUUUCGUCUGCAGUGCCCUAUCCCCAGCCACCCCCGAAUUUCCUCACCGGCACAACAAUAGGCGUGUGUCCGGACCAUAUGGGUGGCAGACCCAGUGGCGUCGAGUGCGCUAAAUGUGAGCUCAUCCUAAGUUCCUCCCGGCUCGGCGGAGUCGGCGGCCCCCUGGCCGGAAUGCACUCUCGUAAUUCGUGUAAAACUCUCAAAUGCCCCAAGUGUAAUUGGCAUUACAAAUAUCAAGAAACUCUAGAAAUCCAUAUGAAAGAAAAACACCCUGAGACUGAAACAUCCUGUAUCUAUUGUAUAGCCGGACAGCCGCAUCCAAGGUUAGCCCGAGGAGAAACCUACACCUGCGGUUACAAACCGUACAGGUGUGAAGUGUGCAAUUAUUCGACGACAACGAAAGGCAACUUGAGUAUUCAUAUGCAAUCUGAUAAGCAUUUGAACAACAUGCAAGAGCUUCAGAACGGAGGUGGUGGUAAUUCGGAACGGCUUCAGCAAACACCACCACCCUCGCAGCACAAACCUACAGCAGCGAGUCCAGUUUCUGGCGGCGCUCACCAUCCAGGCCACUCUCCGAUCAGUAGUCAGCAAAGUCAAAAGCCAAAACCGACUUUCAGGUGUGAUGUUUGUAAUUACGAAACAAACGUCGCCCGGAAUCUGAGGAUCCACAUGACCAGUGAAAAGCACACCCACAACAUGAUGGUCUUGCAACAAAAUGUAAAACAUAUGCAAACACUCAGUGCAAUCCAACAAUCACACCAUCAACAGCAGCUCGGCUUUGAGUCUUUGCUACAUUUCCAUCCCGGCUUAGCCAUUCCUGGCGGUGACAAACCACCUCAUGCUGAAGCAGCAAUGGCUGAUAUGGCAUACAACCAGGCCUUACUGAUCCAGAUGAUGACCGGUGGACAGUUGCCACCUCAUCUGCCUCCUGAGUUAGCGCCUCAUAUGGAUAUGGGUUUGAACCCUGAAACAAUGGAGCCUCCUCCUGAACCUGCGGACCCGAACCCGGAUCAUUUGUUCCAUUGUUGUGUGUGCAAUAAUUUUUCAACGGAUUCCUUAGAGGCGCUCACUCACCAUUUAGCUGCUGAUCGUACGAAAAUUCGAGAGCAAGAAAUACUCGCAGUUGUUGCUGGGCAUUACGUCUGUAAACUCUGCACUUACAAGACGAAUUUGAAAGCAAACUUCCAGCUCCAUUGUAAGACGGACAAGCAUUUGCAGAGAUUGCAACAUGUGAACCAUGUGAAAGAAGGGGGUCCAAGAAACGAAUGGAAACUGAAGUACUUGUCGUCUCCCGGAGGAGUUCAAGUACGGUGUCAUGCCUGUGAUUAUUACACAAACAGUGCACAUAAAUUACAGCUUCAUUCCGCCGGUCAAAGGCACGAAGUUAGCAGUUUACUGUUCAGACAUAUCCGUGAAAGUGACGGCAACGUAUAUCGGUGUAACUUAUGCGGAUUUUCUUCAAGAGCUAGGUUACCUCUUCUUCAACACGCCCGCUCUAUGAAACAUCUGCAGAUGGAGCAGCUUCAUCAGCUUCAGAGACGGAGUGAGGGAAAAGAAAUGCAUGCAGAUAUUAGCGAAGUCUUCCAAGUUCUAAAUCAACCAACAACUGACUCAGAUUUCGAACAAGAGCAAAAAGAUGGAGGAAGUGACGUGGGAAGCAGAGGGGAGAGAGAGGACAAACUAGACUUGAAGGAAUUGAACAACGCAGCAGCAAUGAUGCAGUUUGCUUUAGAACACCAAAUGAUGCAGCAAAAAGCGAACGAAGAAGAACAACAGCAGCGGUCCAACUCAGAAAAUGAGCAUGCGUGCCCGUACUGCAAUUAUGCAACAAAUUCGGAAAUGCGUCUGCAAGCUCAUGUUUUAGCCCAACAUCAAUCAGAUCGACCUCAGUCAGCAGCAUCUUCGUGCUCGAAUUCUCCAUCCAAGGACUUUCUUUGUCCAUUGUGCCAAGAUAGUUUUAAAGAUAAGGUUCAACUAGAAAAACACGUCAUGCAGAUUCACAGCGUUAAUUCUGAGGGUUUGCAAAGACUUCUGAUGUUGGUCGAUCAAUCGCACUGGUUGAACUCCACAGCCAGGCCAUCCUCACAACAGUUAACUCCACCUGGACAUCACCUGAGCCCCUCUUCUGUGGCUUCGUCUGGAAGCAAAGAUCUCGAGAAACAUUCCGAAACAAAUUCAAGGUGUGAUCCUGAUGACAGAGAUGAAUCUCAUAACUUAUCUUCCUCAGAGGAUCAAUGUGAUAGCGAUGAAAACCGUUGCCAUACUUGCUCCAAAAAUUUUCGUAAUUUGGACGAGCUGUACACUCACCAAAAUGAAUCUGGUCACUUAGAAAUCAAGCAAACUCCUUCAGGGCCCGGCUAUUUAUGCUGGAAAAAAGGGUGCAAUCAAUAUUUUCCUAGUGCUAACAGUCUGCAGAUGCAUUUUCGAGAAAUUCACUCAACAAUGUCCAGGAGUGGAAGUCUCGGUCAGAACAGUGUAUCGACGGUCUCAAUAUCGGAGAAGCAUGUGUACAAAUAUCGAUGUAAUCAGUGUAGUCUAGCUUUCAAAACUAUGGAAAAGCUUCAGCUUCACUCGCAGUAUCAUCUGAUUCGAGAUGCGACCAAGUGCGUUCUAUGCGGUAGAAGUUUCCGGUCAAUCUCAGCGUUGCACAAGCAUGUUGAGUCGUCACACACAGAAUUAUCGGAGGAUGAACUGAAUGCGUACAAGCAGAGUCUGAUGAAUAACCCUCUCAUUUUAGCCAACAUUAGUGGGCAGGUGCUUGAUCCUUCAACAAAUGAACUUUUGAAGAAGGAGUCGAUGAGAGGUGAGGAAGAAAUGGAGGUUGACGAAUCUCCCUGCAAAGAAUCAGGAGAAGAUGGUGGCCCUGGUAACGAUGGAGAAAACAGCGAUGAUUCUAUCAUUUACAAGGAGCAACAAUUUUUAGAAGAUUAUCUCAAUAGUCAAGCAAUUGCUGAGGAUACUUACAACGAUCCAAACCGAAAAUAUAAGUGUCAUCGGUGCAAGGUUGCAUUCACUCGACAAGGUUAUCUCACAAGCCAUAAUAAGACUUUGCUUCAUCGUAAAGGUGAAAAAUUAAGUUACCCCAUGGAAAAGUACUUGGAUCCCAACAGACCGUACAAAUGUGAUGUUUGCAAAGAAUCAUUUACGCAGAAAAACAUCCUUCUAGUUCAUUACAAUUCAGUCAGUCAUUUGCAUAAAUUAAAAAGGGCCAUGCAAGAGCAGCAAAAUAAUAACAAUAACAACAAUAACAAUAACAAUAAUAACAUCAACAGCGCUGCAAUAUCACCACACGCUGCAGCUGCGGCUCUCGCAGCAAGCUUGGGUGUAUCACCGCCAGCAAGUUUGCUCUUAGCUCAAAAAGCAAAUCUCAUCUCUGAGGAUGACGACAAAAAACCAUUCAAGUGCAACAUCUGUAAAGUUGCAUAUACUCAAGGGUCCAAUCUUGACAUUCAUUUGCGCUCAGUUUUGCAUCAAACCAGAGCAUCAAAAUUACAAGAUUUAGCAUUAAGUGGACAAAUAGAUUUAAGUAAACCUCUAAUUGAGCAACCGGAGCCACAAAAGGUUCAAGACCAGCAUAAGAAAUUGAUGCAGGAUAUCCUUUCCAUUGCAUCGUCUCCUAAGCAACAAACUUCUCCGUCGCCAGGUAGUGGCGUGGCUAAUCAAGUGCCAUCGCCCAAUCAGGGUAUAAACAUAGUUCCUUCUACUGCUGCCUCUUCCGCCACUUCAGUUCCUACUAGUUUAACGAAUUCUUCUCCAACGAAUCAAACUUCUGUGAUACCUUCGUCGCCUAACAAACACGGUAUGCUGUCCUGUCAGCGAUGCAGUGCUUUGUUCGCCAAUCAAGAUCAACUGAACACUCACCAACAGCUUUACUGCUUGUUUGGAAGUCCGAUGUCCAUGUUCCAUCCACUUCCAACUCCUCCUCACUCUUCGGCGAAUACAACUCUGCAAUCACCGAGACAAACUCCACCUCCGAUGCCUUUAACGCCGUUCAGUGAUGAGCCCCUGACUAGGAUAAUCCAGGCCAAAAAAUCCUCUCACAUGUAUAAACAUUUAUUGGAAAGUUUUGGUUUUGACCUAGUAAUGCAAUUUAAUGAAAAUCAUCAAAGAAGACAAAAGAAAGAAAAAGAAGAAAACGAAAAGCUUCUUGCUGAACUAAAUGCUGCAAAUGCCGCAAAUGCGGAGCAAGAAGCUGAGGUCAAAGUCGAAGAGGAUGUCAAAGAAGUAGAUAUGCCCUCAGAGACAAAAAUUGACGAUGACGUAAAACAAGAAAACGACCCCUCAACCGUGACAAACUUACCAGAAGUCUCAAAAUCAACUUGUCAACACUGUGACAAAGAGUUUUCUAGCGUUUGGGUACUGAAAGCACAUUGUGAGGAGGUGCACAAAGAUUUAGUGCCACUGGACUUUCUCGAGAAGUACGCACUUCAAAUUAAAAAUGAAUACGAGAAAAAAGUCGUUCCAACCACAAGCACACCACCCUCAACAACUACUACUUCAAGCGUUAUGAAUACACCAAGCACCAUCUCCUCUGGUGCAGUGACGACCUCCAGUCCCGACAUCACCCCUGAAAAAGACCUCGAUGACAGCAAAGAGGAGCUGCAGGCAAAGUUGACUCCAAAAGAAUCGCAGCACAGUACAUCUCAGUUGGAGAAUCCUAAUGCUCCAAGCACUCCAACAGCUCCUUCAACUCCAGCCUCAAGCACAGACUCCAUACCUCCUAACAUGAAUGCAUCCACUCCAAGUAGCCAGGGUGGACCGAUGCCGAUGAACAUUGCUCAGCAGAUGAACGAAAUGCAAGCAGCAUUAAACGCAAUGGCCGCAUCGCAGCUUCAGCAGCAGUUACAGCAGUUUAACCCAAUGAUGAUGGGCAUGGCCGGACUUGGUAUGGGUCUUCCUCUGGGGCUGAACAUGCCAGCACUCGCAGCAAUGAACUUGCAACCACCCUUGGUGCCCAUGAUGAUGCCUCCUCCUCCGUUUGAACCCAUGGUUGGCGGUCAAAAUCCUCUAUUUUCACCUGCAACGGAUGCCUCGUCCCUCAUGGCUAAGCAACAGCAGCAACUGCUGCAACAUCAGCAACAAGCCGCUCAAGCAACGGCUAAUGCAUCACAGCAAAAGAGGGCUCGUACGCGCAUCACCGAUGAUCAGCUGAAAAUUCUGAGGGCUCAUUUUGAUAUUAAUAACUCUCCGUCCGAAGAACAAAUCCAUGAAAUGGCCGCGCAAAGUGGUCUGCCUCCUAAAGUAAUUAAACACUGGUUCAGAAACACUCUUUUCAAAGAAAGACAGCGUAACAAGGACUCUCCUUAUAAUUUCAAUAAUCCCCCAUCCACGACUUUAAACCUGGAAGAGUAUGAAAAAACCGGAGAAGCUAAAGUCAUGCCUCUCCCAAGUGCUGAAAAAUUUACGAACGAGGAAACAAAUCCUGUCAACAAAGUCGCUGAUGCUCCCAAGGAGCAGUCCUCAGCCCGCUCAUGCACUCCUAACCCGCCUACCUCCGCUUCGCAAGGUAAGAGAAAACAACAGCAAUCACAGCAAAUGCCAAAUUCUUCAAAUUUCUUGCCACAGUCUCUGCAACAAGUGAUCAAGAAGGAGCCAGCAGACAUUAAAAUUGAACCCGAAGAUGAUUUCCAUAAAUCUAUGGAUUUUCAGCAUGGCAAAAUGGUACCUCUCAAUUUAGAAUCUCUAGAAAAGCAUCAAAGUGAGGCUCAGUCCUUGUUUGAUGCCAAAUCUCCCUUGAAUUUCCAGCAAAACUUCAGGGACCACCACAGAGACUCGCCUCCAUUGUCGCCAAGCAUGAGUGAGAGAUUGAACAUGAGUAUGGCCUCCUCGGGUGGCAGAUCCUCACCUGAGAACCUUACUCUUACUUCCAUUAUAAACUCUCAGUUGGGUCCGAAUGCUAUCACAACAUCUCAUGCUAACUCAACAACAAUGACUGUCAGCUCAGCUAAUAAUAUGUUGCCGCCAAAAAUUGCUCCUUCGAAUUUCACAUCUCCCAAUCAGUUGCAAACGUCGCCAAACCCUGGUGCAAUGGUCCCUGCAGCGCGAAGUUUGAGCCCAGCAAGAUCUUUGGGUUCAAAUGACUGCUUCAAUCCAUCUCUCCUCUCAGGGGUUGGAGGUAACAGCAAUGGUAGCAACUCCUCCAGUGGAUCAACUGGAAAGCGAGCCAAUCGAACACGUUUUACAGACUACCAAAUUAAAGUAUUACAAGAAUUUUUUGAAAAUAAUGCAUACCCAAAAGAUGACGAUUUAGAGUACCUUUCGAAGUUACUGACCUUGAGCCCGCGAGUCAUCGUCGUCUGGUUCCAAAACGCACGUCAAAAAGCUCGGAAAGUUUAUGAAAAUCAGCCGCCUGUAGAGUUGUCGCCAGGUCUGGACGAAACAGGUGCAGGGCGAUUCCAGCGAACGCCCGGUUUAAACUACCAGUGCAAGAAAUGUUUAUUAGUGUUCCAAAGGUACUACGAACUAAUCAGGCAUCAGAAGACGCAUUGUUUCAAAGAGGAGGAUGCAAAACGGUCGGCCCAGGCGCAAGCGGCAGCGGCACAAAUUGCCGCCGUGCUGUCGUCGGAAGACUCGAACUCGAGUACAGUUGAGCAGAAUCAGCAAUCACAGCAAUUAAGAGAAACGGCGACAUCGAGCAAUCCACCAACUCCAGCCGCACCGACCACUCCUACGCCCUCAUUAUCAAUGUAUCCUCCAUCACCAGCUCCACCUAGCACUCCAACUCCUGAAAACAAAGAUACCUCUUUCCAAUGUGAUAACUGUAAUUUAGUGUUUCCGCGAUUUGAAUUAUGGCGGGAGCAUCAACUUGUACAUAUUAUGAACCCUAAUUUAUUUCCCUCCUACCCUCCGGACAGUCCUUUUGGAAUCUUGCAGCAACAUGCUCAGAUGCAGCAGCAGCAACAACAACAACAGCAACAGCAGCAGCACCAACAACAGCAACAACAGAAUCAGCAGCAAUCGCAACAGCAUCAGUCACCAUCACCUGCUCAGCAAAAUUCCAACAUGAUGGUGCCAGGUUUCGAUCAGUCUGUCAAUCAGACCUCUCCUUCACCACAUCCUUUUUUAUCCAUGUUGAAUGCUAGCAAACGCAAGUUCGAGGAAUACGAUUUCAUGUGCGAUCGAGAUGGUGAGCAGCCGAAAGAUAAGAGACUGCGGACUACUAUUCUUCCUGAGCAACUAGACUACCUUUACCAGAAGUACCAAGUUGAGUCGAACCCGUCCAGAAAAAUGCUUGAAAAUAUCGCGAGAGAGGUGGGACUGAAAAAACGAGUGGUCCAAGUUUGGUUCCAGAACACACGGGCCCGAGAGCGCAAAGGCCAAUUUCGUGCGCACUCUCAAGUGAUCAACAAGAGGUGUCCAUUCUGCCCCGCGCUUUUCAAAGUAAAAUCUGCUCUGGAGUCACAUCUGACAACGAAGCACCCUGAGCAAUGCGGAAGGGGUGAAAUCAACAUCGACUCAUUGCCUGAUGAGGAGUUGAGCGUGGACUCUGCACAGUCAUUCCAAAACAACCAAAUGAAUGAGCUGUCCAGCAAAUUCGAAGGUGCUCAGAACAUGGUUCCACCCAUGUUCCAGGGCGGAGCCGACAUGGAAAACUUCAAGAAAUAUUACGAAGAGUCCGUGAAGAGGUACAUUUCCGAGCUUCAGUCCCACCAACUUCAAAACGGAGGGCCUAUCACAGAAAAUUUAAGGAAAGGAGAUGGCGAAACGACCGUGACUGGUGAGACGCCUUUGGAUUUAAGCAAGCCGGUUGAUUUGAGUCGGCCGUUGAAAAUGUCAUUCGACGAGCGGCACGGUGAUAAUGAUAUGAGUGACGAUGACAGUAUGUCCGAAACCACAGAUUUCAUGGACGGCGAUGAGAGUAACCCGGUUUCCCCAGCGUCGAGUACGCAGAGCAACCAGAUGAACAAAUCUGGAACCGUCAACAACUCGAAAAGGUAUCGAACUCAGAUGACCAGUCUUCAGGUCAAAGUUAUGAAGUCUUUAUUUUCCGACUACAAAACUCCCACCAUGUCCGAGUGCGAAAUGUUGGGGAGGGAAAUCGGACUCCCGAAGCGAGUUAUCCAAGUUUGGUUCCAGAACGCUCGAGCCAAGGAGAAGAAAUACAAGCUAGCCACCGGAAAAACUAAUGAAGAGGAGGACGGCCAAAAGGCGGCGGAAGAGUGCAAAUUUUGUCAGUUCAAAUACUCGCACAAGUACUCGGUCCAAGACCAUAUUUUCACCAAAAAGCACAUCGAUAUGGUGAAAGCCUACCUGGAGGCUCGACUUUCGCAAAAGGAGUUGAACUCGGGGCAUGUAAGUGACGGAGAGUUCACGAUCCCUCCGGCGCCUGAUUCAGCUGUCAAUCACAACAACAACAGCUCGUCACCAAACCAGCAGCAGUUAGCCCAGUUGCAGAUCCUUCAAAUGUCACAAGCAAUGGCUCUUGCAGCGGCCAAAGAUCCCUCUUCCCUGACGCCCGAGGACGUCGCGCUUUUGCACCAACUUUACGGUCUUGGCCUACCUCAAGGACUACCCCUCCACCCGGCUCUCAUCUCCGCUGCUGCAGCAGCAGGCUCAGGGAGCGGCGGACACGUCGGCGUCGGGGGCGACGGGCGAGGACGUCGCGACGCUGGGGGCGACGCGGGGACCCCCAUCGCGGAGCUCCAGCUCAGCCCUAAAGCGCUUCAGAAAGUCGUCAACAGCUCCGAGUCGGACGCAAGUGUUUCUGAAGUAGUGAUCAACGCGGACGACUCGGAGCCGGAGGACGCGGAGCUCGAGAACUGCGAGACGGCCAAGAAGACGAUGGGACUCGCCUGCAAGAAGUGCAAGCUAGCUUUCCCGGAGGAGCCGGCCAUCAUCGAGCACCUCAAGUCCAGCGACUGCAACUGCGGCGUCGUCAGGUUAGUCCAGUGCGAUUUCCUCUGCAAGCGCUGCGACGCCCGCUUCCCGGGGGUCGGCGAGUGGCGGGCCCACUUCGCUCAGAGCCACAGGGCCCCGAAUCUCUCCGACGAGAUGGAGGACGUCGUCAACCAGAUCACGGCGCUGGCCGCUAAGGCCGCCGCCGCCGAUUCCAACGCCAACCUCUUCUGCGCCCCGCCGCAAGGCCCCGAGCCCAAAUCCAAGCUCUUCGUCACCCCGAAUAGUGUCCCUGUGCCGAGCACCGGGAAGUAACUCCAUAUUUUGUAUCCGUAGACCUACCCUGGUAAAAAAGAGGGGUUUGGGUCACUGAAGCGUCUUGGCACUCAACUGACUUCAAUGAGCGCUCCAGGUUCGACCCUCCUCUCACCAACCCGGGUCCUCCUACAAUUGAAUGAAAAUAAGCAAUUUGGCUGCAUCUGCAUAAAGAGUUUUAAAAAUACAUGAGUCUGAUAGCUUUGGAUCCGUAACAUUGGUCAGAUGGAGACACAUUGUAAAUAGGAAGAUCUUUUUUUACCAGGGUAACUUUCAUGUCAGAGUAAGAUGAUAUCUUUUUCACGGGUGAGAAGCCACCUGCAAUGUGCAAAACUGCAAGUUAACUCUCAAAAAGCAUGAGUGAAAAAGACAAGCCAUCAAAUCUAGACUCAAACGAGGAAUUUUGAAUAUUUCCAAUACUUAAUUCAAUUUUGACCAGAAGCGCUUGACUCAAAAGCCCACACCUCAGUUUUUAAAAUGUCAGCUUCAAAACUAUGACGUGUCGCAUGCAUCUUGAAACAUACGUCCAGUCGCCUUUAAAUAUUUGUCAUUUCUUACCCACUCACGAAUAAUUUACAAAUUCAAACUGUGACCCUAAAACCCGAUUUUGACUUAAUCAACAGGAGUUUAAUUACAUUGCGAAUUUGUCCAUAAUCAUCAUCAUCAUCGCUAAAAUGAGACGAAUUUUCUGUGUUCUUCUACUCACAUUAAAAAUACCGAUUCGUCGAUAUUAUAAUGAACGUUGUGCCCCUCCACAUUCGUGGAUAGACAGCGCUGCUCCAUAAAAGUAUCAGUUCCUAAGCGUAGUUUUUCGUUAUUUGUGUGUUUAAAUAUGUACAGAUCUUUGAAAAUUAAGAGUAAGUAGGAAACUUUAGCCAAUAGCGUUAAUCGCAAUUUAAAUUGUUCUGCUAAUCUUCUCCGCGUUCGACUUCAAUCAUAUUUAAAGUUUGAUAAAUCACGGAUCAAGAUCUUAUGUGCGGGAUUCUUAUCAAAUGUUUAUUUUUUGAAUAACAAACUUAAAUACUUUUCGGUUUUUCGUGUUUCUUAGAAAGUUCCUAACGUUCGUAUUUUAUUCUUAAUGAAAAUCUUUAUUAUACGUAUUUAAUACAAAUUGUAUGUUAAAAUGUGACUUUUUAUUAUUCUUGAUAAAUAUUUGAGAGUUUUACACGACAUUCAGACUGCUAACACUAGGGAGGCAAUUUAGACUCGCUCCCCCAUUCAUGUUGUACAUACAAAUAUGUUUCAUAUAGAAAUAAUUACAUUUUAUAUGCUAGGUAUUUUAAUUUCUCUUUCAAGUUUUGUUUUUUUACUUCUUGAGAAUUUUUCCUUCUAUUAUGAAGGGCAAAAUACUAUUUAAUAACGGUUACUUUCCGACUCUUUUGUCCAGGGUUGACAAAUCAGUCGUUUGAAUGACUGUUAAUAUUUUUCUUUUGUCGUUGAUUGCAGAUUGUCUUUGUAAAUUUCUGUAUGUAUAUUUAUGCUCAUAAAUAUAUAUACUUUUAUUAUUACAUUCAUUGCUAUGAUAUUAUAUUUAGAGUGUAUGAAAUACUGAUUAAGACAUGAAAUCCAAACCUCGCUAUUUACAUGUGCUUUUUUAGUUAAUAUUUAAAAAUUUAAAAAAAAAUGAAAAAUGAUAACAAUCGUUAAUAACCAAAAUACUUUUGGUCGUGUAAUUGAGUUUAAGAUAAAUAACUAGGAAAUGUACUCAAAUCAUGAACAGGAAAAUAUGAUUCUAUUAAGAAGAGACCUGUUAAAAAAGACAACGCAUGUUUUCCUUGUAUUAUGUAGCUCACUAUAAUAUUAUUUUCGUUUUUAUUGUCUUUUCCUUCUUUUUUCUUUUAUUUGUUUUGCUUUUGACUGUGAGCGUCUUUUGUUAUUUUACAUGACUGUCUUCUUAGUCUUAAAAGAAGAAACUUUUAUUCUCAUUUUUUUGUUCUUGAUUUGUUCUUUCAUUUUUGUAUUUUUAGUUUAUUCUCGGGAUUGGAUUUCUAUGCCUUUGCAAAAAAAAUAAAUGUAAUGUUUAUUUUUGAUAAUCAAUCAAUAUCAAUGAUAAUCAAUCAAUACGCGAAACAUCGAAGAAAUCCUCCUGUAUUGCCCUGCUUUUCAAGAUUUCUGCUUUUUGUUACCCCUAUUCUAGGGAUUGUAACUGAGAGCAGAUGUUUUCACUUUCCUCUUAUAUUUUUGUUCGAUUUACGCCUGCGGCUGGGAACAAGCGGUAAUCGAUUCUCUGUAUUUUUCUCUUUCUUCUCUUUAUUUCUACUUUUUCUUUUUUCGUCGACGUUUGCAUAGGUCUACUAAAACCCCUAAAAGAGAAAUAUUAUCUGGCUGAUUAUUUAAGCCCAUAAAAUCCGCUGGAGAUCGCUGGUAAGUAAUACGUGAUCGAUGACAACUCCUGAGCUGACGGAGAAAUUUUUGCUCCUAUCCGAUAUCACGGAAGUAAAGGCUGUCUUUGUAGAGCUCAUUUGAUCAAAUGAUUGCCAUCUCUAUAAUGCUCCCGCAAAAUUGUUUCGAAAUCUUCAAAGUCUUAAAAAGACAUCAUUUUUUUGCACUCAACUUUCAAUUUACCAUCAUGAAACCGUACAGAUCUGUUUCUUAAAUAAAAUCUUGAACCUAUACAUUUUCUCGUUAAUCGUGCCAUUAAAUUUUUAGAAACUCAUUGUAGACCGAAGCAAACGUAACUUGUAUACAAAUGAAUUUUGUACUUUAUGAGAACAUUAUUGGAUUUUUGCAUGAAGCCUCUGUCAAAUAAGGUCAUUUUAAAGGCGUUGAAGUUCGCCGAACACUUGAUGAAUUUGAAAUCUGGUUCCAUUGACGGUUGACAAUCUUCCAUUUAUACCAUGCAUUAAAUCGACAAAAGCUACAAAUAAAGUGUAAUGUUCAUUUAAUUAUUUCCUUUUUUUCUUUUCUUAUUCUUUUCUGUUACUUUUUUAAUUUAAAUCCCAGCACCCAUGGUUCCUAUUCUUGUAGCUAACAUUAAUUACUAAGGUUCCUGUUUACAAAAAUAUAAUUUAAAAAAGUAAACAAAAAAAUGAAGCUUUUUUAUUAUUAUUGAUUAUUAAUUAAUAUUAUUAGUUAUUAGUAUUAAAUUAAUAUUCCUCUUACUAAUACUACUUAUUAUUACUUUCAUCAUCAGCAUCAUCAUCAUUAAUAUGACCUAUUGUAAUAAUAAGUUUCUUAUUGUACUAUUUAAUAAGUGUGACAGUUCGUUGUUGGGUGUUAAUAUAUAGGUAUAUCAAACGUAAAUAUGUAUUCCUCACCAUCUCUUUCCUGGUCCCAAAAUAAUUGUAAUGAAUGCCAUCCAUGAACUUUCAGUUUUACUUUUAUCACAAUCACGUUCCAUCUGCAAAUUAAUCCUACAAAUCCGUUGUGAGUUUCCAAAUUUCUUUUCAUGGUGGAACUGCAGCUCGAACGCGGUAAAUGAUUUAGAAUGUCCGAUGUCCAUUUUUAAUUUGAGAAUUCAUAAAAUUUUCAAAAUAAAUGUGAGACUCUUUUGUAUUUUUAUGGUGGAGAAUGUAAAACCACUAUACAUCGAAGGAAUGGGUCACCAAUGAAGUUGACUCACUGUCUUGAGAAGGAUCAGUAAAUUCUUUAAAAUUCCCUCCUUAAAAAGACUUGCAAAUGUCGGUGUCUCAGAAAUCACACCUCUCCUCGGCAGUUCUACUUGAAAUGAAAAUUGAUUUCAAUCACAACGGAUUUGUACGACAAAUAUUCAGUUUUGAAAAACUUUCUUAAAAUUUUUUAGUAAAAACAAUGCUCCAAUCCGUACUCUGAUUUUAAUUUCUGUAUAAAUAGAACAACGUCCUCAGUUUUUCCCAUUUUUGCAAAGCAUGAUCGGAACUAAUCACUUUGUUGUAAAUUAAAAAAAAAUCUUUCGAAUGUUCCUCUUUAAAAUUUGUUUGUGAUGGUUAGUUCUUAUUUAUCGCAUUUUUGUUUUUUAUCUGUCAGAAAUUUACCAACCGAAUCAAGUAAUUGGUUUUUCGGUUACAAUGUUUAAUGGUUAAAAUUUAUUUUUUAUUAAGAUAACGAAAAAGGUUCCUAAUAGAUUUCAUAUCGGUUAAAUAUUAAAUUAUAUGUAAUUUGAAUUUGCAUUAUUUAUUUCUUUUCUCUUUUUUUGUCCUGUUUUUUUCUUUUUUGCUGACCCUGUUCACGGAAGUAAUAGUACAUUAGUUAUCACCAACAGAAAGAAGAAACGUAAUCUCAUCCACUCGCUCAUCUUGUGAGUGAUGCAAGUCAGCAGCUUUCCUAGACAAUCUCUUUCCGUUAGCUUUGAAAAGUCGACUCUCCAUCUCCAAUAACAUAACUACUCGCCAGUGGCGUGACGUGAAUUGCGAUAUAUCGAUUGUUAUGCCAUUUAAACCUAUGAAAAAAGAUCGAUUAUUAGGAUGUUCGCAGCGAACAUCUUAGUAAUCGAUUCUUUACCAUAGUUCCAAAUGGCGAUAUAUCGAUAAUCGAUCCUUCACGCCACGCCACUGCUACUCGCAUAAUUAAAGCAAAAGGCCUCUUCCAUUACCCCAUUCAAUUUUAUUUCUUUCAAGUACUUGUUUAGUACCAUGUCUACGUUUUUGCUGAGUUAGUUAUCAAAAUUCAUUGCUCAAUAUUUUGUGGAUGAAAAAUUUGUCCGAGUUGCAUUCUUUUAAUUUCAUCGCUUAAAGUUUUUUUCUUUAAAAACAUAUGUACAUUUCCGACCGCAGAAGAGCUCAAUUAUUCACAUUCAAAGCUGCUGAGUUCUCAUGAUAUUUUUAUUAAGAAAUUUACAGUAAUCAUCAUUACGAUUUUUUUCUUUCGGGAAAAUCGUAUAUGUUACGUUGAUGCAAGAAAUACUCUUUUAUUGAAUUUUGGAAGCUAAUUCAGCCGAUUUUAGAAUGCUUUUUUUGUUUGUGCUUCAUAAUUUUGUUGAUUUUUAACUUCUGCUCGUAAAAUUUUGUGAUGAAAUGUGAUUUUGUAAAUUCACGUUUAAGGAAUGCGCUCGAGUAUUUAUGUAUUUUUUUUCAAAUAAUAAACAUUAAUGUUCACUUAUAAAUGGAAUCAUUCAGAGAAAAUACAUCCAUAUUUGUGACUUUUUCUCGCGUCAUGCGUCAUGUUCUUUCCUUGCAUUUUCUAUUCCAACGAAUAAAUCACUUAUCAUCAAAACAGAAAUACUGUAAACAAAAGCAUUUUAAUUUUGCUGUACGUGUUUCUUCAAUUCUUUUUUUUCUUUUAAAUUUUCGUUCUUUUUAUAUUCAAUUUUUGUUUCCUCUUCACACACAAGAGGCCUACAUAAGCUUUACUGUAACAAGAAGUUCGAUUGCCUCUCAAUCGGAUUAUUGACGAUCCAACGAGUCACUUUUUGAAUCCUUAUCGAUUGAUCCUGAUCGAUAAAUCCCUAUCGUAACAAUGCUUUUUAUCGAUCAAGGUCAUUCGAUAUCGAUUCCAGUGGCGUGGCGCGAAGGAUCGAUUAUCGAUAUUUCUCCAUUUGAAGCUGUCGUAAAGAAUCGAUUAUUAAGGCGUUCGUUGCGAACUCCCUGUGUAUCGAUCUUUUUCCAUAGGUUUAAAUGGCAGAUCAAUCGAUAUAUCGCAAAGCACACCACGCCACUGAUCGAUUCAACAAUCGAACCGCAGGUUCGCGUAUUGCAACGAUUUGGAUUAUAGUUAGACUUUUCCCAAAAGGACACUGUUUUGAAUUAAUAGAAAAAUUAGGCUUAUGGUGAUUGAUAUCUCGUCGUCCUUUGUUACUUACGCCAUCCUCAGUUUUUGUAUUUUGUGCGGUAGUACACAUUGACUCUUCUUUUUAUGUACUCGAACUCAAGUUACUGUCAAAACCUGUUUCCUGUCAUUUUCAAACUGUUCUUAACUAAUUCACUCGACUUCGCAGAACUUUCAAAUUCAAUUCAAGCUGUCUUGACCUGCCAGAUUACUGUUAGUUGUAUGUGAAAAACGAAAGCUCACUCCAAGUUGUAUUAAGUUUGGUCAUUUUCAACUGUUGUAUAAAUGGUAAUAAUAAACGCUAGUUUAUCAAUAAA